AUGAACGACGACGUGGUGGCUGAGAUCCUCUUGCGGUUGCCGGCGAAGAGCGUCCUCCGGUGCCGCGCCGUCUGCCGGAGCUGGCGCCGCAUCACCACCGCCGACUACUUCGUCGCCGCCCACUCCCGCCGCCGGCCGCUGCAGCUCCUCGGCUACACGGGGCCCAACGACGAGUCGCUGCGCGACGACGAAUUCUUGGUCACCUCCGCCCCGGUGAACGCCGAGACCAUGCUCAUCUGCAACCCGGCGACACGGCAGCUCGUCAAUCUGCCGCCGGUGAGCACUGGCGGCGUCGUCGUCGACCGGAACGACCUCCGGCUCCACUCUUCCGCCUUCUACUUCCACCGGCCGUCCGGCGAGUACCGCGUGCUGUGCUACCGGAAGGGCACCAACUACAUCCUCUCCACCGGCUCCGGCGAGGCGCGGCGGCUCGGCCCCGUCCCCGACCAGCAACGCAGGACUUGCUCCUUCUCCGCCGUGACCGUCGGCAAGACGGUCGGCGAGAGCGUGUACUGGGACCGCCGUGAGGUCGACGAUCGGAGCCGGAUAAUGGCGUUCGACACGGUGUCGGAGAGGUUCCGGGCGGUCGCGCCGCCGCCGGUGGAGCAUGCCGACGAAGGCCCGCUGCUGGACAUGCAUGGACGAUGGGGCUUGGUGUACGACACCAAGGAGAAGAGGAUGCUCAGCUGCUCUCAUCGUAGCAGAAGCAAUCCGUGGAAUGCAGCUUACCGGGAGAGCCUCAUCACGGUGAAACCUUGCACACCCCCGCUCCCGCUAAACUCUGAGCCAUGGUUAAAUUUCUACUAG